AUGCCAUUAGGGCUAUCAAUUUCUCUCGGUGGAUUAAUAGGUAGUGGAGCUCUUACAGGUUGGCCAAAUGUUGAUGUUCCGCCACCUGAAAGACCCGAUUUCACUGCUCUUAUAGAUCCGAAUAAAGUUUCAAACGCAUCUGUUAUGUCAUUAGCUGAUAUAAAAACUCUUAAUUGCCCAAGUACGGAUACGUAUUGUCAUUGGACUUGUACUAGAUGUGUUCGAAGUGAAUCUGACAUCGUAUAUUGUCCAAAUCCAAAUGAUUGGGGACUCUCUUUUGAUGAUGGACCGAGUCAGUACACAGUAUCUCUUCUUGACUUUCUCGAUUCAAAAAAGAUUAAAGCUACUUUCUUCAUUAUUGGUUCUCAAGUAGUCCAAUAUCCUGAAAUUUUGCAGAGAAUUGCUAAUGAUGGGCACCAAAUUGGUGUACAUACUUGGUCACACCCGUAUCUCACUAGUCAAACCACGGAACAAGUCAUUUCCGAAUUACAAUGGACCGCUGAAAUCAUAAAAAAUGUAACUGGUGUUACACCUAAAUACAUGCGUCCUCCAUACGGUGACUAUGAUGAUCGUAUACGAGAUAUAUGCAAACAGCUUGGAUAUAAAAUUGUAUUGUGGGAUAAAAAUACAAAUGAUUGGCUUUCAGCCAGUGAUGCAUCUUUUCAAAUGUCAUGGGUUGAAAGUAACUUUACCGAAUGGGUAGGCCAUAAAAAUUCUACUGGUCAUAUUUCCCUUGAGCUUGAUAAGUAUUCUUCUCAAGGUCAAUUAGUAGUUCCCAUUCUUCAAAAUUCGUCAUAUAAUAUUAAACCAAUUGCUGAUUGUCUGGGUUAUUCUGGUAAUUUUUAUAAAGAAAAUGGUUCGACACCUAAUACUACUUCUACUUCUACACCAGCGAUAGCUAAUCUUCCACAACCAAGUCAUCCAUCUGAUGGUACUACAUUUGGAAGUUUCAAUUUUACAAAAGCUUCUUCAGCUGUAAAGAAUAACUUUUAUUAUAAUAAUUCAUGGCCUUUUAUCAUGAUUGCUAUAUUGAUAGCUUAUAUUUCUUUUAAUACUUUGAAUUGA